AGGUCAAACACGUGCUCUCCACAUUCUAACUUACACGUGGGCAAAAUGGAAGCGCUCCUGAGUACAGACACUUCUGGCCAACUCUGGACAGCGUCUCUAGUAGAUCCUUUUACUGGUUCCUCUCUUGCCACUUUCAAGUCUGGAUACAGUUGCCAUAGAAGCCUUUGUUCAACUAAAGAAAGACUCAUCAUUGCAUCAAAAGACAGACCGAUUCUUAGUGUAUGGGACUUUCGAGGAUCACGAAAGGAUGGGCAGCCACAACGUCAGAUGUGCCCAGGAAUUGUUUCAGCUCUAGCGACAUCUGCUGAUCACCAUUACAUAGCAGCUGGUAUCGCAGAGAAAGUCCACAUAUGGCAGCUUACAGAUGGAAUGCUUGUUGCUGUUCUGACGACCCACUACCAGACGGUUACAAAGGUGUGCUUCACGGAUGAUGGCAGCCAUAUUGUUACUGCUAGCAAGGACAACAUGAUCUUAAUAUGGGAAAUGUCAGAAGUGGUGCACCAGUGCACCCUGGGUAAAUCUUGUAGCCCUCUUCAUGUGGUAUCCGGCCACACCCUUCCUGUGACAGACCUGUUUGUCGGAGCUGGAGGUCCGAUGGCUCAUAUUAUAUCAGCAUCACAGGAUCAUUCAUGCAAAGUUUGGGAGUUAUGCUCUGGUCAACAGCUGUGCAAUCUUCUAUUUGAUGUCCCGGUAGAAUGUGUGACGGCUGAUGGUGCAGAGACCUGUAUGUUUGCUGGGUGUUCUGAUGGUGCCAUAUACCUAGUCCAUCUCUUUGAUGAGGGAUCCUCUCAGGAAAGGCACAUCAGUAAAUCUGAUCAAUCAGCUGUCAAUGUUUUUCAAGGUCAUAGUUCAUCUGUCACAUGUCUGUCCGUCAGUCUGGAUGGAAGCAUGUUAGCAUCAGGAAGUACUGAUAACACUGCAAGGAUAUGGGAUAUAGGAAGUGGACAGUGCAUCAGAGUUAUACAACACAAAGCAUCGGUAGGGGCUGUACAAUUUGUCUUGCGGCCUGUCGUCCCUCCAACCAAUGCACCCCCUCCCAAGGCUUUGCCCCCUCUUUCCCCGUUUCAGAGGAACUUCUCCUGGUCUGGGGCUGGUGACGCAACGGUUCACGGUAGUUUUGAAGGCGGUUGUGCUGUCAAGAUUUCUAGGCCUGUUGAGGAUACUGAUGAGAAGUAUGAGGAAGAAGUUGGUUUACCAAGGAACGUCCAGGAUGCAAAUGCUCAGAUAUUCAAAUUCCAGAAGCAACCAAGAUCCGAUGAAGACGAGGUAACAAGGUUGAGAAGAAUCAAUGCCCAGCUCUAUCAUCUUUGUGCAAACUCACUUCUAGACAGGACAGAAUCAGCCAGUUCUGGCAAUGAACGUUAGUGUAUAUCCUAGGGAUGGAGUGGAAACAAGCCUCAGCACCUAAUUUUGAAGCCUUGGUCUUGGCCUUGGGCUGUCUACAAAGUCUGGAGGGAAAAGUUUUCUCUAGCGGCAUGGUGGCUGGGAACUCCUAUCUAUCCUAGAUAUAUUCAAACUUGCAAUGUCAUAGGCUGUUGAGGAGGGUAGUCUGUGUUGCCUGCCCUGGAAGAUGGAGAUCACCACAGGGCAAGUUAUCAGCCUUAGCAUGAUGCACACCUUGUUCAAAGUCACCUAAUAAUCAGCAAACUAGUCAAGCUCACUCAAAGGAAAGACGGGAGAGAUCUGUGUGGACAUUGAUUGUUGAAAACCGGGUGGUUUUUGUCUCACCUGCAUAGCAGAGUGAGACUAUAUGCGCUGCUUUUCCGACG